AUGUUUUUACUCAAAAAAGCAACUUCGAGACCACCAAAGCCAGUUGUCACUCCUGUUAUCCCAGCUAUCCCAAUACAACCACUUCAUAAAAAAAUUACUUUAGUAAUUGAUAAAAAUGUUUUUGUCCUAAUUGCAGGAAAGGAUUUUUUGGAAAUUGAAUUGAAAACUGGAAAUAUCACUAGGAAAGAUAAACAUGAUCCUUCUCAGGACGCAAAGUAUUAUUGUUUAUUUGGCGUAGUAGGAAUGCUAAGGCUAUUAUCAGCACAAUACAUAAUAGUUAUUACAGAUAGAAAGGACCUUGGUAAAAUUCAGGGUAAAUCUGUUUACAUGAUUAAAAGAGUAGCGGUCCUACCUUUGAAUUAUGAAGACGCUUUAAAAAUCCUUGAUAAACAUCAUUGGCCUGUUGAUGGAGAAGAUCAAGUGACUGCCGAUAUAUUUCUUGAAGAUUUAGGGGAAGGGCAUAAAAGAUACGUUUCUAACACAAUAACAGAAACUGAUGUAGAGGAAGCGACAAAUAGUCUGCCAUCAACUUCAACAAUUUUAGAUUCACCAUCACCUUUAUCAAUUUCAAUUAUACCCCCGCCUCCUAAACCGUCAUCAUCACCAGAAUCACAAUCAAAUAAAAGGCAACAAUCUUUAUUAUCCAAAAUGAAAUCAGCAAUUGCCGAAUUAAAUAGAAGAAGAUCUCCAUCAUUAUCUUCAAAUGGUUCGGAUUCUGAAUAUGACGAUAAAGAAGGAGGGUUUACAUCGGUUAGCACUACUAAUGAAAGUACACUUAUUAGUACAGGUGAUAAUAAUAUCGAUAUUUCAAAAAGUCCAGGUAAAUUGUCACCUUUAUCCACUGCUGCAAAAAGAGUUAGUGAGGUUUGGGAUGGUUUUACUAGCGAUUAUGGAUCUACAAAAACGAUUAAUAUAAAGGAUCCCAUAGAUAACAAAGUAAUGGAUGCAAGAGUUGCUAGAGAAAUUGCAUCAUUCUUUCGCGAUGCGUUUUUCUAUUCUUAUGAACUUGAAGACCUACCUCUUUGGAAACAGGCAGAUAAGAAGUUUUGGUGGAAUGAACAUAUGCUUAAAGGAUUUAUUGAACUUGAGCUUGAUGGUUGGAUAUUACCCAUAAUGCAAGGUUAUGUUCAAAUUGAGAAAUGUCAGAUUGAUGAACGAUCAUUUGAUUUUAUAUUAAUUUCUCGAAGGAGUCGUGAAAGAGCGGGUUUGCGAUACCAACGUAGAGGAAUCAAUGAAGAUGGUGAUGUGGCGAAUUUUGUUGAAACUGAGCAAAUACUUUCAAUUGAGAUUGAAGAAAUUAGUCACGUAGUAUCAUUUUUACAAAUUCGUGGCUCGAUUCCAUUAUUUUGGUCGCAAUCACCUUAUGGUCUUAAGCCGAAACCUGUAUUAGAACGUUCUGAUGAUGACAAUUCGUUAGCAUUUAAAAAACAUUUUGAUAAAUUAAUUGGAAUGUAUGGAAACAUAAAUUGUAUUAAUUUAACAGAAACAAUUAAUCGUGAAGCUAUUGUUGGAAGAGCUUACCGCGAAGCAAUUAAUAGUUACAAAGACGAUACAAAUAUCGAAUAUAUUGAAUUUGAUUUUCAUAAAGAAUGUAAAGGAAUGAGAUAUGAAAAUAUUUUAAAACUUGUUGAAAUACUUGAGCGCAAUUUCAGUAAAAUUGGUUACUUUUGGCAAGCUAGUAAAACGACAAAUGAAGCAGAAAUUCAUUGCAAACAAGCAGGAAUCUUUCGUACAAAUUGUAUGGAUUGUUUAGAUAGGACAAACGUUGUGCAGAGUGCUCUCGCUAGGGAAGUUUUAAAUCUUCAAAUGCUUAGAUUAGGAAUUUCUGAAUUUAUUGAUGGCGGAUUUUCUCAUUAUGAGCAAUUUGAAAAUAUUUUUAAUGAUGUCUGGGCAAAUAAUGGAGAUUCUAUAAGUAGAGAAUACGCUGGAACCAGUGCACUAAAAGGGGAUUUUACUAGAAAUUUACAAGGCGUCGUUAACGAUGCAUCUAAUUCUUUGGCCCGUAUGUUUCAGAAUACGUUUAAAGAUUUCUUUAGACAGGCCACGAUUGAUUAUAUAUUGGGUAAUCAUUCAAUUGAAGUUUUUCAGGAACUUCAACAGAAAUUUGAAGCAUCACAACCUGGAGAAGCAGAAAGAUGGGCAAAAGUUAGAGCUACUGCAAUUGAAAUUAGUAGUUUUAUUGUCAUUGUUGAUAAUGAGGAAAAGAUUAAUGGCUGGACAUUUUUAUCGCCCACUGAACAAAAUACGCUUCGAGGCAAGUCUUAUGAAGAAAAGGUAUUGCUUUUAACUAAAAAGGCAUUAUAUAUUUGCACGUUUCAUUAUCGUUUGGAAAAAGUUAUGCAAUUUAAGCGAAUUGGAUUAGGUGAAAUCACUUCAGUUGAAAAAGGAGAGUACAUUUUAUCUACAUUGUAUCCAUCAUGUGUGUCAGUCGAAGAUAAUUAUGGUUUCAUAAUAUAUUAUAGAGCGUCAGGCGAGUCAAGUAGAACAAAUUCGGCAUUUAGAAGUAAUUUGGUUGGUGAGGCAACAAAAUUUGUUGGAGGAAGCGGACAAAAAGAACAAAAAACAAGUCAACAAGCUGUUAAUGAAGUAGUCGAUGAAAUUGUUAAAGCUUGUUAUGAAAUAGGUAAUGCCGAUGAUGUUGAUUUUGUUAUUGAAAGACCUAUUAUAAGUUUGGAGGAAGCAAAUAAGAAUACUGGAAUCAUGACUAAAGUGGGAUUCAAAGUUAAACAAGCAUUAUGGCUUUGA